AUGCGCAGAGGCGCCGUCGAUGAUCCGAGUGCUACAUUCGCAGACAUGCAGCUUGCCGAUAACCUCUGGUAUAUCGUCCAGAUCGAGAACCCAAAGCUGACUAUUGCCAAUCUUGACUGCACCACUAAUAUGUGGCUCAAAUGCGUCAAGAACGCUCCCGAUGCGCCCUUUGGCGUCGUAUAUGAUGGCUAUACUGGCAACCAAUGGGACAUGGCUGGCUCCGGCGCUAAUCUGCAUUGCUGGCUCGGCCCAAGCGGCGGAAACUAUGAGCCUGCAGGCUGCAAUGCUCCCGUCGAUGGAAAUGAAAAGGCGGAGAAGCCAACGGGGCAAACAAGAGGCGAUGCCUCACCUGGAACCGCUCGCAAGGGUCUCACAUCGGCAAUAGGAAGAAGAAUGUCAGCUGAUCUGAGCUCGAGGCUCGCCUCGCUCGAUAUCGAUAGCACUUUUGUCUCCUUGCCCCGGACUGGCGCGACGACGGCCACGAGCUCGAUACCGCCCUCACCGAUCGGUGGUCAUCGAUUCUCAGGCCAGAAUGGCUCUGCGAGUCAGACUACCGCCCUGCCGCCUGCUUUCGAUCUCAACGGCAACGCCGCGCCUUUUGUUGGAGGCUUAGCCAGCAGUCCGCGCAAUAGUUCGCCUGUCAAACGGGCGGUGUGGGAUACUCAGGGCUUGUCCCAUGGCUCUGCCUUUGGCCUCAAGCAUAAAACAUCACAGGCAGCAUUGAUCGCCGCCUCGAGCUCUUCCUCCGAGGACCAGCUCUCCUCCUCGCCCGCACAUUCGCCUUAUUUCUCAAACCUUUCUUCUCAUGCCGGCGCUUCCUCCUCGUCCAAUCCGACCACGCUCGGCGAGGGAUCGCCUCCUCUGUCAGCCCCAGACGCGACGCCUCAGGCACAGACACAUCUUCUCGACAGUCACGCUCAGUAUGCAUCCAUGCCUACACGAGAAGCCUACAACGUACCGCGUUCGGCGCCUUCACCUCAGCAUGGCUAUUCAGCAAGUACAGACAAUCAAUUCACGACUUCACCUUUUGACGCCAUGCCAUCAGCGCAGUACUCUCAUUUCGCCCACAUGCAAGCGCAGCAACAUCGUCAUUCGAUGCCUGUCGCACCCAUUCAGUUCAGGCAGCCUUCUCCGUUCAGUUCUGCAGUGUACCAAGACUUGCCGAGGCCAUCGGACUCGCAAGCAGGCUGGCCAGCAUGGAACAAAGCCUCUGACUUUGGUGGUAUCGGUAGUGGCAGUCCCCGAGUGAAGCCUCUCACCAGUCCUGCGCCUCUCUUGCCGACUGGUCAGCCUGCACUGGACAAUCAUUUUGUGCCUCAAUCACUCUCGAAUUGGCAUGCGGCUCCCCAUCUGCCGUCAGCGAUCGGGCACGGUCAGGAUACCCGUAGAAUGGCAAGCACCGCUCUACCCCCACACGAACAUAUCAAUCCAGGGAACGCGCCAGAGGACACGAUACCAACCGCCAUUGUGAUCAAGAACAUUCCUUUCCAAGUCGAAAAGGACGUAUUGCUCCAGAUCAUGGAGGAACUUGAGCUCCCAGCGCCCUACGCGUUCAAUUACCACUAUGACGGCGGCAUAUUCCGUGGCCUAGCGUUCGCCAACUUCAAGACGCCAGCCGAGACGGAUGCUUGCGUGGCUGCACUCAACGGCUUCGAUAUACACGGCAGGAAGCUGCGAGUGGAAUACAAAAAAGUGUUGCAAGCAGGCGAGAAGGAGCGGAUCGAGCGCGACAAGGCAAUGAAGCGGAUGCGGAGUAUGCAGCUUGAGAAAGAACGGGAACGAUUCACUCGCGAUCGGCAAGAGAGCUGGCAAACGCCUGCGAUGGAAUACCGACCCUCACAGGGCGAAUCAGGUAUCGCCAAUCCGUGGUCGAUCCUGGACACUGGUGCACAACAAAUGCCGGCCAGUCCAGGCGGAUCUGACAUUGGUCUGCCGGGCUCCGAAGUAAGAGAGCUAGAUCUCAACGAUCCUCAGACUCUCCAGAUCUACUCUCGCGUGCUCAGCUUCAAAGAUGAUGCCUUGCGCGACGAACUCGCUUUCGCGAGAUCUCUGCAGCCGCUGCAAAGAAGAACGGUCCACCUGGUGGCUCAGCGACUCGGGCUGAAUCAUCAGAGCGUCGGCUUGGGUGAUGAGCGAUAUGUCGUCGUCAUGAAAGAUUUCACGGGUGUCAGCAACCCUGCAAGUCCCACGAAGCCCGAUACACGUAUCGCGAUGGGCAUCAGGCAGCCACACAGUCAGCAAGAAGCUGCGGCGUACAGCUCCUUCCUCAACGGCGUCAGGCCAAAGAAGAGCAUGCCCGACAUGCGAUCGCGCACUUCGACUUCUUCGCUCAGCAGUGAUGCUGCAGCGGCCGCAGCCGCUCUUCCCGCCCGACGAUCCAAUGUUGAUCUACGAUCAGCUCGAAGAGCACCAUCGAAAGGCGACAUGUAUGGUGCUUAUCGAUCCCAUUCGCCCACUUCUAUACCUCCCGUACCAGUUCUGCCCGACAUGUCGAUGUACGAGCACUUUGCGCCGGAAUCACCCCACGCGGCAGCAGUGAGAGCGAGCAGGCAAAAGUCUGGCGUUCAUGAUGAUGGCACGGCAAGAUAG